AUGGAGUAUGACAGCCGCCGGAAAGUUUUCGUGGAAGUGAUCAAGAUUUGGCAUGUCGUGAGCCCGGAUCAGUCGGUGGAGGCUGCGGCUGCCUUGGUUGAAGACUGGAAGAAGGCCACCCGCGACUUUACAGGAGUGGAGCGCGCCCUCAGGUCUCAGAGUAUAAAGCUGAAGGAUGGAGUGCGCUGCCCUCGAAGCGUGCUGCCAUCUGAAUUGCAAGACAGUGACGUCUUGUCCCUGCGAAAGUUCUAUGCUCUGGAAUGGCACAUCGUGCGGUCCAUUCUCCUAGACGAUGAGGAGGAAGGGCUGGCCGCGGGCGAGCAGUUCAUGCUCCGCACCUCCAAGCAAGAAGAUGCGGUGAUCCAGAAGCCAGGGCCAAACAUUGUGAUUGGUCGCAGCGGCUCGGGCAAGACGCUCUGCUGUGUGUAUCGGAUGUUCCAUCGAUACCUGGACUACUGGAAGCAGUCAGCGCAGGCUGGGAACACUGCCUUGCUGCCUUCUGGUUCCAACUCCCUGGUGCACCUCAAUCAGGUGUUCGUGACGCACAGCGCAGGCUUGGCCAACAAGGUGCUGGAAUACUUCACGAACAUGCAGCAGAAGAGUCAGAAGAGCAUGACUUCCCAGAAGGAGGUGUCCCAGGAGGCGUUUUUUGCGUCCCAAGUCCUGGGAUGUAUUGAGCAAGCUCGCCGUUAUGGUGGAUUGGACUCCGAAUGGACCAGCAUGCUGGCCGAGGCCAUCACGGCAAUUGGCAGCAUGCAUGCGCGGGUGGACUCCAUACUCAGAGAUCACGGCUGGCUGGGAAAUCAGUUCUCCGCGCCGCCACGCAUCGACGAGCUCGCAAAAGACUUGGAAAGCUGUCGCAAGGAGUCUGCGGUGACGACGCGGAGCGCUCUUCCACGGUCAGGGCUGCUGGAGCAGUCCAGGCAUCCUGACAACAUCCUUCGCGUCAAAACCUUUCCCUUGUUCGUGACGUUCCGCAAGUUCUUGAUGAUGCUGGAUGGAAGCUUGAAGCGCCCAUUCUUCCCACGCCGUGGUACCGGCGGAGAUGUUCACCCCGAGAAGGUGACUCAAGCGGAGGCGGCAGACGGCCUGGAUCCCAUCUCGGCUCUUCGCGAGCAGCGCCGUGCCGCGAUUCGUGCAAAGGCGCUGUUCAAGAACAGUACUGCGGCAGAAGGCGACAAAGUGCUGACGGAGGUGGAUUACGACUUGUUUGAGACCAAGUUCUGGCCCAAACUUCGCCAGAAGGUGCCGGCCGUCGAUGAUGCCAUGUUGGUCUGGAAGGAGUUCAUGUCGUACAUCAAGGGCAGCUAUCGUGUGCUUGAUUCGGACAAGGGCCACCUUGACUUGGAAACGUAUCAGGAGGUGACCAGCAAGUGCUCCCCAGGUGUAAAGGAUCACCGCGAGCAGAUCUUCAAAGCCUUCAAGUCUUACGAGCAGCUGAAAAAAGAUUGGCAUGCCUUCGACAGGAUGGACGUGGCACGCUAUGUCAUUCAACAGCUGCGAGAGCACGGGUAUAACGGCCCGCCAAUUCACGCAUCAGCUGUCGACGAAGUUCAGGAUUUGGCGCAGCUGGAGCUCGCACUGUUUUUCGUGGUCAUGAAGAAGCCUUACGAGGACCUCUUCCUUACGGGUGACACAUCCCAGACGGUCUCCCGUGCAGUGGAGUUCCGCUUCUGUGACCUGCGGUCGAUCUUCCACAAGUUCAACGGCGGGGAAGAAGUUCCGGAGCUUGACCAGCUGUUGAUCAACUACCGCAGCCAUCAGAAGAUCCUUGCGCUGUCGCACCGCGGCGUGGUGCGGCCGCUGGAAUUGGCCUUCCCGUAUGCUAUUGAUGAGUUGAAGGCGGACCAGGGCCAUCGGGAUGGUGUGCGCCCUGUCAUCGUCACCGACAUGCCACUGGAGGACUUGGCCCAGCACAUGUUCAACCUCCCUGGGUGCAGUGCCGGCAUUGCCUUCGGCGCGAGCCAGUGCAUUCUGGUUCGCAACGAAGAGUCGCGAAAGAAGCUGCCGAAGACAUUGUCCAAUGCACUCGUGCUCACAGUGGAGCAGUCCAAGGGCUUGGAGUUUGACGACUGCAUCCUGGUAAACUUCUUCACAGACUCCCUCUACAAGGAGUGGCGCACGAUGGAGGUGUUCCGCCCAGAGCUGCUGGAGGAGUCCGCGCAUCACAAGCGGCCGCACUUUGAGAGCAUUCGCCAUGCGCUUCUCUGUUCCGAGCUCAAGCACCUCUACACGGCCAUCACGCGCACGAAGCAUGUGUUGCUGUUCAUCGAGCAGGACACAACACAGGCGGAUCAUGUCUUUAACCUCUGGCGUGAUCUCGGCCUGGUGAGCAAGAAAGGACUUUUGGAUCCCGAGAAUGCAGAGGCCCGCGCUCAAAUACACCAGCAUGCCGGGGAGAACCGCGGUAAGGAAUCAUGGGUGCAGAUGGGUCAUGGUCUCCUUCGACGGAAGCUUUUCGAGCCGGCCAAGAAUGCUUUCUUGCGUGGAGAAGACGAGAACAUGGCAAAGAGAUGCGAGGCCUUCCUCAAGGCCGAGGAAGCGUCCAGGAUGAUGGAGGAAUCAGAAGCGGACGGCAUGCAGCUGUUCAGAGAAGCGGCGCAGCUCUUCAGAGAAACUGAUGCGGGGCAAGAGCAGGCCGAAUGCUUGCUUCACGGUGGUCGUCCGGAAGAGGCUGCACAGAUUCUGGAGAAAUUUGGCAGGGAGCAGCCGGAGCUCAAGGUGGAAGCUGCCCGUGCCUGGACCGUGGCUCGCAAGCACAAGCGCGCGGCGGAAAUCUACGAGGAGGCCGAGCAGUAUCAGGAGUGUAUCGAGGCCUAUCUGAAGGCGGACCUCCGGAAUCAGGUCAGCAGGGUCGUGCCCCGCGCGCAUCAGUCGGGUGCACUGAAGGCCGACGAGUGCUUCCGCUAUUUGCAAGAGACAGAUGACCAGGAAACGGCUGGCAUGCUGUUCUUCUGUGAGGACGAAUUCGAGCACGCAGCUUCUUGCUACCGGAGCGCAGGGAACCUGAAGAAAGAGGCAGAGUGCUACCUCAAACUCGGCGAGCCCAUCCGUGCGGCCGAUCGUCUCAUCGCCAGUGACAACGCGGAGGAUUUACUUGAUGCUGCGGAGCUUUACAAAGAUCACCAGGAAGAUGUAAAGGAAGCAAAGUGCUACCGGGCUCUUCUGGAGAUGGAAGAUCUCCCCGAGCACUGUGACCGCAGAUACUUACUGAAUAGCUGCAUUGAGCUCCAUACCUGGCUGCAACAAUGGGGCACGGCGGCCGAGUACCUCGAGAAGCUUCAUGACCACCUGGCCAAGCUUCGCAUCGAUCCGCAAAACACUCUCCACAGGGCUGCGGAGCUCUACGAGAAGGCCAGGCUGCACAACCAGGCUGCCUGCGCGUAUGAGAAGCUGGCGGGUCUCCCCUACAUCCACGCAGAGCAGCGUCGUCAUCUACAGAAGGCGGCAGCUUUGUACUCAGAGGCGGGGGCCUUGCCGGACAAGCUGCGCAUGCUGAAGCAGCUUGGGCAAUACGAGGCAUGUGGCCGCCUGGCGCGACAGCUCAAAAAGUUUCAGGAGGCAGCAGACUGCUUCGAGCUGGCAGGAACAGAAGCAGCCUUGGAGGAAGCGGUAGAGUGCAUGAUUUCCGCCAAGAACUUUGAGCACGCCUUCGAUCUGUUCAUGCGCCUCGCAGAGCGGACGCGACACGAGCCGCGUGGCGUGGAUAUGGAGGUUCAGCUGCUUGAAGGACUUGGCAGAUUCGACGCGGCUGGCCGUAGGAUAAUGGCCAACCUUCCUCCAGCCGUGGACGAUGCCUCCCGAAGAGAGCGUGGCGAAAGGGCACUUCGUGGCUUUCGGCUAGCCAGGAAGGAUGCUGAGAAGUCCAAAGCCUUCUUGGCAGACUUCCGCCAUGAGAUGCCCGACGAUGAAACUGUAAUUAUCUACUUUGCAGAGCUCGGCGAUGAUCCCACUCAGCUUUGCGAUCUGCUUUGCAAGUGCGGGAAGAAUCUCGCCGCAGUGGCUGCUGCAUCGGAACUCGGAGAUCCUGCUAUGGCUUUGGAACUGCUUCGGGAUUGCCAACUCACGCCGAAGGAUUGGACCAGUUUUACACUGGACAUUCUGAUGACAGCUGUGCAGCAGCAGCUGAGUGAAGAGAUUGCGCCCAAGCUCAAGAAGGCUAGUGAGGAACUGCGACGUGCGUUGACGUGGAUGGAAGAAGGGCGGGAGAUGCAGGAGAAGCUCCUCCGUUUGGACUUCGUUGAUGCAGCCCUGCGACGACUGGAAGGAGCCCCGAAACAGGCUACGCCCCUUGCGCUCCGGUCUUCGUGGUGGCCUGGUUCCGGACAAGUCUCAACCGAGCUGGAGCUGUGCCUUCAAGAGGAGCUAGCUCUCGCGCAGUGUGCCAAGGCUGAAGAUGCAAAAAAAGCAUUCGAGAUGCUGGAAGGGUUCAUCCAGCAGGUAUCCAAUGGAAGAAUGACCGGAGAGCUUCUGAAAGGUUGCUACCAGGCAGGAAGCAGACUGCAGCGAGUCCUUUAUGAAGAGCUCAAUGCCAUGCGAAAGCAACGCAACGCGCGACCGGUCAAAGAAGGCAGUCUCACUCGUGUCCUCGCAAAGGGCCAUCGUCUCUCUCUGCAUGCUCAAGCCGCUGUGGAGGCGCUUCCCGGCUUCUCCUUUGCCUCAUACCUUGUUGACGAGAAGACUGCCAUUCUGCACGACUUGGAGGAGCGCCAACGGGCCGUGCUGAACAGCUUUCAGCUGCUUUGUGCACGCGACAAGAAAAUUGCUCGGGUGGCUCCGUCCUUGUGGCUUCGUGCCUGGAAGCCAGAGGAGGGGCGCUCCUCCACGAGCUCCAAGUCAGAUGAUUUCAAGGAUGGGUUCAUGCGGAGCCUUCAGCUCUGUGCAGCAACGGCGUCACAUCUGGACAAAAAGGUGAUCAGCGAAAUUCCUGAAGCGGCGAAGGAGAUGUGGCUGCGAGCGCGUGCAGAGGUGGAGGAGAAGCUCAGGACCAGACGUAAAAAAGCAGGUGAGUUUGACAGCUUGGUGCGCUCGUUAGCAAAGACCGUGGGGGUUCUCGUGUGCCUCUUCCGCCACUAUGUCUGGGGAGAAGGAGAACGCUCUACCGUGAAAGUGGACAAGAUCGCAGCCGACAAAGUGGCGGAGUUGGUUCUCGAUGGGCUGGACUAUCUGAUGCCAAUCUGUCCACACCAUGUUUACUCAGGGAGCUGUGAAGGCAAGCGCAAAGGGACAUGCACCUUGGAGCAUCCGGUUGUCGAGAAGACAGGGAGCCCAGAAAUGCUGCUGGCCUGUUCGGAGAAACGCAAGGACUGGAGCCUCCAGGGCAUCGGUGUUUCCUGCUGGCUCGACAUUGUGAACGUGUGCUCAACAAGUAUCAAGACGGUGUGCAAGAGAAAAGAAUGCAAAUGGUUACAUCCCAACACCGAGCAGAUCGAAGCCAUACGCGCGAAGUUCAGGUAUCUCGGCAGCUUCUACCACCAGACCGUCAACUGGAAAAAUGAUGCGGAUUUGGCCAAGGCUGUGCAAGGACUUCUGGAGAGCACACAUCGAGGCGAAGACCGGAAGCUACCCAAAGGCUUCGGCUGCUGCUUCUUCGAGGAUGGCAACCGGAUGCUGAAUGUUCGGCUGGUGACCAUCGUUGCUCGGGCCUUUCUCAGCAAAAGUUACCUCGAUCUCGGUCUUGAGGCUUCCACUGACGUCUUGAAGCGCAUGUGCCGAGCGCUCUAUCGCUACCCAGAUCCAGACGCUUGCGACCUAGCCAGAAAGAUUUUGGAUGAGAUUCGAGAUUCAAGUAAACUCCGAAGCAUUUCCAACGACAUCACCUGGGAAGUUGAAGGGUGCCGGAGCAGAGACAACAGCCGCUGUUUACUAUCCGCAAUGCUGGGCCGUGGAAAGACGACUCCACAUCAGCAAGAAUCGAACACGAGGAAACAUCCUGCUGGCUUCACUUUCAACCCGCACGCUGCAGAGUUCGUGCCUGGGCAAGAAGUGAGAUUUCUGAAGCGCGACGCCCCCGCUGCAAAUAUCUGGGUGGGCAAGAACGCGGCGAAAGACCUCUUCGGCAGUCAGACAAGUGCGGCACAACACGAGCAGCUGGCGGCCGAAGCGGUGCGCGUUGUCUCUAGACCAACACCAGGACCAGCAGGACCCAUCGGAAGUGGCGGAGCUCAAGUUUGGGUGCCAAAGGUUCGACCAGCCGGGUCUGGAGCCAGCUGA